CGCCUGGCCCCGGCUCGCCGCCUCCCGCCCCGGCCGGCGCCGUCCGCCAGCCUCGGCGCCGCGCGCCCUGUCCUCGUCGUCCCCGCUGCCCCGAUCGCCGCGCUUCGCCCGUUCCGGGCCGCGCCCAGGAGCUGCUGCCGCACCGCUGCUGAGACGCCGCCGCCAGCUUCAUCGCAGCGCGCGGCUCAGCCCGGCGUCCGCGCAGCCUUCGCCAGCCUCCGCCAGCCUCGUCUCGCCAACCCCCUUCUCGGCCUCUUCCCCUCUCCCCCAGCCUGAUCCCCUCAAGCCUCAUCCUCUCGCAUCUUGAUCUCCCCAAGCCGGAUCCCCGCAAGCUUGAUCCCUUUCAAACCUGAUUCCCCUCUCAGCUUGAUCCCUCCAGCCUGAUCCCCAAAACUUGAUCCCCGUAACUUGUUCCCUCAAGGCCUGAUAUUCCAGGCUGACUCUCUUUUCAAGCCUGAUAACCCCAAAGCUUGAUAUCCCCAGCAUGAAGCUCUUCAAAUGACCCUACCAGCCUGACUCCUUCAAGCCUGAUAACCCCCGCCCCUAGCUUGAUUCUCCCCAAGCCUGAUCCCUUACUCAGCCCUUCUGCCUCAGUUUCCACAUUGUUCCAUGCCGAGCUUGAUACGCUCCCAGACUCAAGUUAUAUACCCUGUCUCGCCCCUUCCUCCCCCUGAUUAGCUUGAACCCCCCAGUCCUCAGCUUCGGGUUUCAAUCCCUGCAUCUUCAGCUCCACCCUCAGGGUCCAGGCUUUAGUCCCGCCCCAUCCCCUCCCCAUCCACGCUAUAGUCCAGCCUUCUAUCCCAGUGGCCUCUUGCUGCCUCCCACCCAGGCUCCCUUGGGAACCCCCUGGGCAGUCACCAACCUGCUUUCGAGGAGCUGGGACUGGUGCCCAGGAGGUGUGGACCACAGUCGCCAGUUCCCGGCUGGGUCCUGGGGAGACCAGGCACUGAGAGACACGUCUCUUCCAAGUGCAACCCAGGGCAUGCUGGCAGCCCCGAGGGGCUGGGAGGCUCAGUUAGAGUCUAACCAGGUAGAUAGGGUUAGACCGCACAGGCGGAGACUCCCUCCCGCAUGGAAAGUUCGUGCCCCGCGCCUGCAGCUGCCAUGGAAGCUACUGGGACCCUUUAGAAGCUUCUCGCUGCCGUCACAGGAGUCCCCGAGGAUGUCCGGCGGGGUCUCCCCAGCUGAGCAGGUGGCGGCAGGCGACAUGGACGACGCGGCGGCGCGCUUCUGUGUACAGAAGCACUCCUGGGACGGGCUGCGCAGCAUCAUCCACGGCAGCCGCAAGUCAUCGGGCCUCAUUAUCAGCAAGGCCCCCCAUGACUUCCAGUUCGUGCAGAAGCCUGAUGAGUCUGGCCCCCACUCCCACCGCCUCUACUACCUGGGAAUGCCGUAUGGCAGCCGCGAGAACUCCCUCCUCUACUCCGAGAUCCCCAAGAAGGUGCGGAAGGAGGCCCUCCUGCUGCUGUCCUGGAAGCAGAUGCUGGACCACUUCCAGGCCACGCCCCACCAUGGCGUCUACUCUCGAGAGGAGGAGCUGCUGCGGGAACGCAAGCGCCUGGGCGUCUUCGGCAUCACCUCCUACGACUUCCACAGUGAGAGCGGCCUCUUCCUCUUCCAGGCCAGCAAUAGCCUGUUCCAUUGCAGGGACGGCGGCAAGAAUGGCUUCAUGGUGUCCCCUAUGAAGCCACUGGAGAUCAAGACCCAGUGCUCCGGGCCGCGCAUGGAUCCCAAGAUCUGUCCCGCAGACCCUGCCUUCUUCUCCUUCAUCAACAACAAUGACCUGUGGGUGGCCAACAUCGAGACUGGAGAGGAGCGGCGGCUCACCUUCUGCCACCAGGGCUCAGCCAAUGUCCUGGACGAUCCCAAGUCUGCAGGUGUGGCCACCUUCGUCAUCCAGGAGGAGUUUGACCGCUUCACUGCAUGCUGGUGGUGCCCCACAGCCUCUUGGGAAGGCUCCGAAGGCCUCAAGACGCUGCGUAUCCUGUAUGAAGAGGUGGACGAGUCUGAGGUGGAGGUCAUCCAUGUGCCCUCCCCUGCCUUGGAGGAGAGGAAGACUGAUUCCUACCGCUACCCCAGGACAGGCAGCAAGAAUCCGAAGAUUGCCCUGAAGCUGGCUGAGAUCCAGACAGAUGAGCAGGGCAAGAUCGUGUCGAGCUGCGAGAAGGAGCUGGUGCAGCCGUUCAGUUCCCUCUUCCCCAAGGUGGAGUACAUCGCCCGGGCUGGCUGGACACGGGAUGGCAGAUACGCCUGGGCCAUGUUCCUGGACCGUCCCCAGCAGCGACUCCAGCUUGUCCUCCUACCGCCAGCCCUCUUCAUCCCGUCCCCGGAGACCGAGGCCCAGCGGAAGGCAGCUGCCAGAGCCGUCCCCAGAAAUGUGCAGCCCUUCGUCAUUUAUGAAGAAGUCACCAACGUCUGGAUCAAUGUCCAUGACAUCUUCCACCCGUUCCCGCAGGCCGAGGGCCAGCAGGAUUUCGCCUUCCUCCGUGCCAACGAGUGUAAGACUGGCUUCUGCCACCUGUACAAGGUCACUGUGGACCUGAAAACUGGCGACUAUGACUGGACAGAACCCUUCAGCCCCACAGAAGAUGAGUUCAAGUGCCCCGUCAAGGAGGAGGUCGCGCUGACCAGUGGCGAGUGGGAGGUUUUGUCAAGACAUGGCUCCAAGAUCUGGGUCAAUGAACAGACGAAGCUGGUGUACUUCCAAGGCACCAAGGACACUCCCCUGGAGCACCACCUCUACGUGGUCAGCUACGAGUCCGCUGGCGAGAUCGUGCGGCUCACCACGCCUGGCUUCUCCCACAGCUGUUCCAUGAGUCAGAACUUCGACAUGUUUGUGAGUCACUACAGCAGCGUGAGCACGCCGCCCUGUGUGCACGUGUACAAGCUGAGUGGCCCUGACGACGACCCGCUGCACAAGCAGCCACGCUUCUGGGCCAGCAUGAUGGAGUCAGCCAACUGCCCCCCGGACUACGUGCCCCCUGAGAUCUUCCACUUCCACACCCGUGCCGAUGUGCAGCUCUAUGGCAUGAUCUACAAGCCACAUACCCUGCAGCCGGGAAGGAAGCACCCCACUGUGCUCUUCGUCUAUGGGGGCCCACAGGUGCAGCUGGUGAACAACUCCUUCAAGGGCAUCAAGUACCUGCGGCUGAACACGCUGGCGUCCCUGGGCUACGCUGUGGUGGUGAUCGAUGGCCGGGGUUCCUGUCAACGGGGCCUGAGAUUUGAGGGGGCCCUGAAAAACCAGAUGGGCCAGGUGGAGAUUGAGGACCAGGUGGAAGGCUUGCAGUACGUGGCCGAGAAGUAUGGCUUCAUCGACCUCAGUCGUGUCGCCAUCCACGGCUGGUCCUACGGUGGCUUCCUCUCACUCAUGGGGCUCAUCCACAAACCACACGUAUUCAAGGUAGCCAUUGCGGGUGCUCCCGUCACUGUGUGGAUGGCCUAUGACACAGGGUACACGGAACGGUACAUGGAUGUCCCCGAGAACAACCAGCAAGGCUAUGAGGCAGGGUCGGUGGCCCUGCAUGUGGAGAAGCUGCCCAAUGAGCCUAACCGCCUGCUCAUCCUACAUGGCUUCCUGGAUGAAAAUGUCCACUUUUUCCACACAAACUUCCUCGUGUCCCAGCUGAUCCGGGCAGGGAAGCCGUACCAGCUCCAGAUCUACCCCAACGAGAGACACAGCAUCCGCUGCCCCGAGUCUGGGGAGCACUAUGAGGUGACAUUGCUGCACUUCCUGCAGGAGCACCUCUGACCUCCGACCUCUGCCCUGAUGCCGUCGCUGCUUUUCUUGCAUUUUUUUUAAUCUUUUAGUUUUUGAAGCUUUCGAUUUGUUUGCUUGCUGCUGCUUGGGGGCCAGGACAGAGGUGGUGGCCCCCAUGCGGCCCUCCUUGGGCUGGUUAGGAAGAGACCAUCACCGGGCCCACAGCCACAGGCGCUGUCAGGGUCCCAAACCUGCAGCACCACCCCAGCGCAGAGCAUGUGCUGCCCCCUCACCCCCCCCCCCCGCCGCAGAGUCGUGUGUGUUUGGGGAGCAUUUUAAAUAAUUAUUUAAAAGACAGGAAGCAAGCGGUACCGAAAUAUAAAAUUGGAGGUACGGCACUGGGCCGCUGGGACCCAACACGCCCUCCCAAUUCCCAGGCUUUGUGGAGCUGCCAAGCCCUUGUCGGGGCCCCUUUUGCCCUGCCUGUCGUCUCUGCCCGACUUCUCCAGCACCACCCAGGGGUGCCAGGGUCGGGAAUAGGACCCAUCCUGACCUCAGGGGUGUAGCCCUUCCCAGCCCCCUCCCACCAGAGUUCGGGCAUAAAGUAAAAAGUUAAAAAAAAAACAAAAAAAAAAAAACAAAAACAAACCAGAAACCACCUCUACAUAUUAUGGAAAGAAAAUAUUUUUGUCAAUUCUUAUUCUUUUAUAAUUAUGUGGUAUGUAGACUCAUUAAACGAUUCCAGAUGGAAA